GCAAGAACACACACCGUCGUUGAUGCGUCAAACUUGGAGUUGAUUUUGAUUCUGAAUUUUGAUGACUCGAUUUCGUGUUCUUUGGUUUGGGCGACCCGCAAUUCAUCUGAAGCCCAGUGCGUUCGCUGAUUCGACAGCUACCCGGGACGGGCUUCAGGGUCCCGACCCAAUAUCUGCCACUAAGAAAACAUUCCAGGACGACAUCUCUUGGAGGGUUCAGUGCUUUGAGGCCGUCUCCAACUUCACUCUGCCAUUUUCUUUGUUCUUGAGAACUCCCUACACUCACAAUGGCGGAAGCUCAACCCUCUACCGUGGUCGAAGGCGCCACAACCGGCGAUGUUGAUGAUGAGAUCCCAGUUGCUGCGAAGUCAGCCGAAGACCGCAAAGCCGCGGCGGCUCUCUCCUCCCUCGAUGCUCCCCGAGAAGACGAAUCCACCGGUACGAAAGAUGUUGAUCAGGAUGCUGUCCGAAAGGCUAUGGAUAGACUAGCAGGGCCCGCAACUACCAAUGGCACUGCUUCCAAGAAGGGAGAGGAGAAAGAAGUUCCCAAGAAGGUGGUCAAGGUCGAUCAAGCAGAUGUCGCUUUGCUGGUUGAAGAGCUCGAGUUAUCAAAAGCCAAGGCAACGGAACUGCUAAAGGCCCAUGAUGGAAGUGUGCACAGCGCGAUGAAGUCUUUCAUUACUCCACCGGUAUAGAGCAUAUU